AUCGGCUACUACCGCCAACUACAGUCAACAGUGUCACCUAGAGUUACUGAUCGUAAUCUACCCCGUAUGAGCCACAGCCAUUUUACUUUACACUGGAUCGGUAUCAGUAAGGACAUACACGAUGGCCAGUAAAUUGUUCCUUCCAUACUUGCGUCAAAAUAUUCCAAUUUACACCCGUCGAAUGUCAGCUCAUGUAGCCAUUCCAGAUAAAAUUGGUAAUAGGGAUGUAGUAGGCUGUGGAUAUAAUGGAGAGGCAUCUUAUAUGGAUAGGCUUGACUUUCCUCUGCCCGCAAUUCGUUUCAAAGCCAAUACUCCAGAUGUCAUGGCAUUAAGGGAAAAGGAAAAAGGAGAUUGGAAGAAAUUAUCGAUCGAAGAAAAGAAAACAAUAUAUCGUAAUAGUUUUCGUCAGACACUCGCCGAAAUACAAGCCCCAACAGGCGAAUGGAAAGGAGAAGUUGGUGUAACGCUUAUGGGUGUGGCCCUCAGUAUUUGGAUAUUAAUGUUUCUUAAAAUCUAUGCAUAUCCACCAUUACCAGUAACAUUUGAUGAGGAACACAGACUAGCUCAAAUGGAACGUAUGAAAUUACUUGAUGUCAACCCUAUCACAGGAAUCAGUUCAAAAUAUUUUAAGUAAUUUUGUUCAAAAUAUAGUACAAAAUAAUAUAUUAUAUGGUAA